GGAGGGCCACCGCGACCUCGGGAAGAAGGCGCCAGGGAGAGGGGCCGGGAGGGGGCGUGCGGUUUGGCCCGAGGGUCCUGAGCUGAAACUCAACACCCGCCUCUGGAGGGAUCGUCCUCCUUUCUCCUCCGCCCCUUCCCUUUCCCUCCCUUUUCCCCUCCCUCCUUUCUCUUAAUCCCCAGGACCGAGCCUCGAGCCGGAGCGGAGAGGGCCUGAGGGGAGGAGAAAGAAACUACCCUGAAAGGGAUCCGGGAGCCUGGGAAGGGGAGGGCAGGGGAGCCGCGAGCGGGGGUGAGCCUGAAGGCCACGCGCGACCCCCAGAGCCUUCCCAGCCCUGCUCUUAGUGUCCACCCCACCUCCAGGCGAAUCCCCGGGACCCCGGCCCCUGCCCUUCCUCCGCCUUCUCUUCGCUCCUCUUGCUUUCUGGCCUUUCUCUCCGUUCCCAGAGAUACCUGGGUUCUGCCCCGCGCUCGGGGAGCGCCGAGGGGCCCUGCCCAGGGUGCGCGUGAGAGGGGCGGCGCCCUCGCGCCGGGCGCUGGGGGCCGAGGGUGGGAGCUGGAGCCGGUGGCCCUGCGCGCUGCGGCCGAGGGGCGGAGGAGGGCGGGCGGGCCUCUCGGCGGCCGUGGAAGGCCAUCCCGCCCCUUCGAGCCUCGUCGCGUGUUACCGCGGCGUCCCCAGGCCCCGGAUGUGCUGAGAGCGAGUGCGAACCGCCUCACCGCCGAAGUUGCGAGUGUCUGGGCGGAAAGCAGCCGCUCGGGCCACGCGGCCCCACCGCCACGCUCUCGCAGGCCUCUGGUGUAAGCCUGGCCUCCUUUCGCCAAGAUGGGCGAGUUUGAAGAGGGACCGAUGGCUCAGUUCUAGCUCUCCCUCCCUCCCCAGCAGCGGGGCCGCUACAGCGCCGGGAUCGCCCCGAACACAGCCCUGGGAUCCCCGCUCUUUGGCCCCGGGUGGGGUUAGGUUGGUCCCUAAACUCGCUUGUCCAGCCCAACCGCUCAGGCGGCUUCUCCCAGCCCUCAGGGCCUGUCUUGAGUGGCCUGUUGAGUCGUCGAGCGCAGCCUUAGCUUCCGCCUCCUCUCCUGCCCCGGCCCUAGAAGGGAACUUGAGGUCCAUGCGGACCUGGGGUGCUUCGGCGGUCUAAGGCAGGCAUCUCCGGGGGCCUGGCCAGCCCGGCGGCCCCCGGGAGGCCGUGGGGACAGUGCAGAGCUCGCGCCCUUGGAUGAGGUCCCGCAGCGACGCCCCGGCCCGCCCUGCUCCUCCUCCUGCCCGACCAAGCUGCCUCCCAUUUGGGGAGUUUUGUGGGUUUUCUUUCUCCUCCUCCAACCUCCGCGGAGGCCACGACUCAGGCGCCGCAGCCGGGGGCCGCCUCCAUGGUGCGGGGCAGCCGCUGCUGAAGUCAGCGAAACCGAGCCUGGCCUGGAGCAGGCCACGCAGGAGGCCAAGGCCAUGGCCAUAGCCACGUCGGCCCAGCUGGCCCGGGCACUCUACGACAACACCGCUGAGUCCCCCCAGGAGCUGUCCUUCCGCCGAGGGGAUGUUCUACGGGUACUGCAGAGGGAGGGCGCUGGUGGGCUGGACGGCUGGUGCCUCUGCUCCCUGCAUGGCCAGCAGGGCAUAGUGCCCGCCAACAGAGUGAAGCUCCUUCCUCCUGGCCCAGCACCCAAGCGCAGCCUCUCCCAGGUGCCCCCAGCCGAGCCUGGCUCACCACAUCCAGCCCCAGAGCACAGCAAUGAGGACCAGGAGGUGUAUGUGGUGCCACCCCCAGCUCGUCCCUGUCUGACCUCAGGAUCUCCGGUUGGACCCUGCCCACCUUCCCCUGACCCCAUCUACAAGGUUCCCAGAGGCGGCGGGACCCAACUGGCUGCCUCUGGGGAUGCCUUGGAGGUCUACGAUGUGCCCCCCACUGCCCUCCGAGUUCCUUCCAGUGGUCCUUAUGACUCCCCUGCCUCCUUUUCCCGCCCUCUGGCCCUGGUCACCCCGCAGGCCCCUGGAGAGGAUGAAGCUCCCUAUGAUGUGCCUCUGGCCCCAAAGCCACCAUCAGAGCUGGAGCCAGAUCUGGAGUGGGAGGGGGGCCGAGAACCAGGUCCCCCUCUCUACGCUGCCCCUUCCAACCUGAAACGGGCAUCAGCUCUGCUCAAUCUGUAUGAAGCACCUGAGGAACUGCAAGCAGAUGGGGAAGGCGGGGACACUGAGGAGGGCAUCUACGACGUUCCCCUGCUGGGGCCAGAGACACCCCCUUCUCCAGAGCCCCUGGGAGCCUUGGCCUCCAAUGACCCGGACACCCUGGCCCUGCUCCUGGCCAGAAGCCCUCCACCCUCACACAGGCCCCGGCUGCCCUCUGCUGAGAGUCUGUCCCGCCGCCCUCUGCCUGCCCUGCCUGUCCCUGAGGCCCCCAGCCCCUCCCCAGCUCCCUCUCCUGCUCCAGGCCGGAAGGGCAGCAUCCAGGACAGGCCUCUGCCCCCACCCCCACCCCGCCUGCCUGGCUAUGGGAGCCCUAAGGUUGAGGAGGAUUCAGAGGACAGGGAGUUGGAGGACGGUCCAGCAGGACACCACAAUGAGUAUGAGGGCAUCCCGAUGUCUGAGGAGUACGACUAUGUCCACCUGAAGGGCAUGGAUAAAGCUCAGGGAUCUAGGCCCUUGGAUAAGGCCGUCCCAGGGGAUCCUGAACUGCUGGAGAGGGGACCACCGGAGCAGCAGGACGCCCUGUCCCCUGGGGAGCCACUGGUUCUGCCCACCGGAGAUCUACAGCUCCUGCACUUCUACGCAGGGCAGUGCCAGAGCCAUUACUCAGCACUGCAGGCAGCCGUGGCAGCCCUGAUGUCCAGCACCAGGGCCAACCAGCCCCCACGCCUUUUCGUGCCCCAUGGCAAGCGGGUGGUGGUGGCCGCUCACCGCCUGGUGUUUGUUGGGGACACCCUGAACCGGCUGGCAGCCUCCACCCCUCUCCGAGCUCAGGUCGGGGCUGCAGGCACAGCGUUGGGCCAGGCAUUACGGGCCACUGUGCUGGCUGUCAAGGCAGCUGCCCUGGGCUACCCGUCCAGCCCUGCGACCGAAGAGAUGGCACAGUGUGUGGCGAAGCUGGAAGGGCACGCCCUGCAAUUCACCAACCUGCUCACAAGCCUUGCCCCCUGAGGGAUCCAAUCUGUCCCUCCCCUGCCUGCCAGAGAUCCCCUCCAGACCUUGGGCGACUGGAAGGCUCUGUUUUAGGGACUAGGAGAGGUGGCAAUAUCUUUCCUCAUUCCUCCCCUUCCAGUCAUCUCAAUCUCACAGAGACAUCUCUGCCCCCUACCCUGCAGGUUUUUGUACAAGCCAUUUUGUAUAAAUUAUUUUUAUUUAAUAUUGUUCCGUUUUGUCAAGGGCAAGUGCCAGGUCCCCUGGGGCAGGGAGGAACUGGACUCUUGCUACUUCCCUCAGCCUGGAGUGGAGAGUCUUGUCACUACACUGCCACCCACCUCUGGAAGCUUGGCCCCACAGAGAAUCCGGUGGCCGAAACCUGGGUCACCUGGAGCCCCUUUCUUGUCCUUUCUCUUGGCUCUAGAACAUCAGUGCCUCUCUGUUAGUUAGAGUGAGGGCAGGACAUUGACCACCCAGAAUAUGAAGGUCUGGGAGAAAUCAGAGGGCUCCUCUCCACAGGAAGUGGGAGAGCUGGUCCUCAGGGACUGGGCAUGCACCUCAAUAAACCCUACUGUCUGGC